CUAUAAGAGUGACCAUACAGGAGCGAUUGUAGCUACACUUAUGACUUGCAACCUGCCUGGGCACUUGGAGAUGUCGUUUCCCUUCAUAUGCUUUGAAAGCUUUCAUCUAACAUGAAAAAAAGCUGCAUUUCACUACAAUGAAAUGACAGGCCCUCUCAAGCCCUGAGUAAAUAAGUGGUUUGUGCCUGUUCCAACGGCAGAGCAGAAAUCUGCAGUGGUCCCAUCAAGCGACUGUACUGAUUCCUUAUUCUGACACCGGGAGAAGACUCCAUCCCAGAUUGCGGCAAUGUCUGUAUCCAAUCUAUCAUGGUUGAAGAAAAAGUCCCAGUCGGUGGAUAUCACUGCACCAGGGUUCAACCCUCUGGGGGGUGCAGGAAAGCCAGCACCACAAGCCAGCAGGGCCCCUGCACCCAAGACCCCCAUCAUCGAAGAGGAACAGAACAACUCAGCCGACACCCAGAAGCACCCUCCCAGGAAGACUGAGCUGAAGAGGUUCUACACCAUCGACACUGGCCAAAAGAAGACCCUAGACAAGAAAGAUGGGCGAAGGAUGUCUUUUCAGAAGCCUAAGGGAACGAUGGAGUACACUGUUGAUUCAAGGGAUUCUUUGAAUAGCAUAGCCCUGAAAUUUGAUACCACACCCAAUGAACUUGUUCAGUUAAAUAAGUUAUUCUCCCGAGCAGUCGUGACUGGGCAGGUUUUAUACGUCCCUGACCCUGAGUAUAUCUCCAGCGUUGAAAGCUCACCAUCUCUGAGCCCCGUCAGUCCUCUGUCGCCGACAUCAUCUGAGACUGAGUUUGAUAAAGCCACCACUCCCGAUGUUGUCCAUCCAAAAGAAGUGUUUCCCUCCUCUGCUGUCAGCAGUAUUCGGCCUGCGAGAGUUGUGUCUUCAACCUCUGAGGAAGAAGAAGCAUUCACUGAGAAGUUUCUCAAAAUUAAUUGCAAAUACAUCACCAAUGGCAAGGGCACUGUCAGUGGCGUGCUGCUAGUCACACCCAAUAAUAUAAUGUUCGAUCCACAUAAAACAGACCCCCUGGUUCAAGAGAAUGGCUGUGAGGAGUAUGGCAUCAUGUGCCCAAUGGAAGAGGUGAUGUCAGCUGCCAUGUACAGAGACAUUUUGGAUAGCAAAAUAAAGGAGUCCUUACCCGUAGAAAUGGAUCAGUUGUCAGGAAGGGACGUCUGCCAUUCCAAGAAGAUGACAGGAACCGGUGCUGAGGACGCCGACUCGAGAACCCGCGACCCAGGUAACGACAGUGCCAGCACGGCUCCCCGGAGCACGGAGGAGUCCCUGUCGGAGGAUGUCUUCACCGAGUCAGAACUCUCUCCUGUCCGGGAGGAGCUCCUCUCCUCAGAGCUGCAGCGGCAAGAGAAGUCCUCCGACGCCUCGUCGGAGUCUGUGCAGACUGUCAGUCAGAUGGAAGUGGAACCGUUGGCCGCCAAGUCAGGGUCUGCCAGCAUCCCUGACCACGCUCACCCCGGCGCCGGACCUUCUGCGGACCGGAGGCCUGUGUCCCGGGAGACUGAUUUAAGGAGUCUCGAACCAGCCGCCGAAGAAGGAGCCAAGGCCACGGAGGGACGCGAAGAAGUCUCGGGCCCUGAAGAACAGAGCGCAGAUGGGAAAGCUCACCAUGACCGGGAGUCUUCACGUCUCGAACAGUCGCUGCAGCAAGAGGGAGGAGAAGGGAGCGCGGCCCCCGGGGAAACGGUGCCGCCGGAGGAGACGCAGACCGUGACCGGGGGGCAGGACAGGCCCGGGGGAGAGCCGCAGCGGGACUCGGAGACCGAAGUCGAGGAGCUGCGCAAGCUCUGGAAAAGCCACUCCAUGCAGCAAGCUAAGCAGCAGAGAGACACCAUGCAGCAGGAAAGCAAGCAGAAAAGCGCCGCUGCCGAUGGGCACGUGGACGGCUCUUCACUUUUAAGGGAUAAGAGAAGGCAUCGAUUGCACAAAUUCCUGUGUCUCCGCAUUGGAAAACCAAUGAGGAAAACAUUUGUAUCUCAAGCCAGCGCUACGAUGCAGCAGUAUGCACAGAGAGAUAAGAAACAUGAAUACUGGUUUGCAGUGCCCCAAGAAAGGACAGAGCACUUGUACGCCUUCUUCCUUCAGUGGAGUCCAGAGAUCUAUGCAGAAGACACUGGGGAAUACUCCAGGGAGCCUGGCUUCAUAGUAGUCAAAAAGAUCGACGAGGCGGAAACAGGGGAAGAUCCCGCUGGUGACGCCGCAGGCAGGGAAUGGGAGGUAGUGUCAGUGGCUGAGUCUCACCGCAGGAUCGAUGCUCUAAACGCGGAAGAGCUGCGCACACUCUGCAGACGCCUCCAGAUCACUACAAGGGAAGACGUCAACUCCAAGCAGGUGGCUCCAGCGAAAGCCGACCUGGAGUCUGAAGCUUUUCGACCAAACCUAAGCGAACCCAGUGAACUCCUGCUGCCUGAUCAGAUUGAAAAGCUUACUAAGCAGCUUCCGCCAAGAACCAUUGGCUACCCAUGGACGCUUGUGUACGGAACGGGGAAGCAUGGAACAAGUUUGAAGACCCUUUAUAGAACAAUGACAGGCUUAGACACGCCAGUGCUGAUGGUGAUUAAAGACAGUGAUGGCCAGGUCUUUGGUGCACUAGCAUCUGAGCCAUUUAAAGUAAGUGAUGGCUUUUACGGUACUGGAGAAACCUUUGUUUUUACAUUCUGUCCAGAAUUCGAGGUCUUUAAGUGGACGGGAGAUAAUAUGUUUUUUAUCAAAGGAGACAUGGACUCAUUAGCAUUCGGCGGUGGAGGAGGAGAAUUUGCCCUUUGGCUUGAUGGGGAUCUCUACCAUGGACGAAGCCAUUCUUGUAAAACGUUUGGGAAUCACACACUUUCUAAGAAGGAAGAUUUCUUUAUCCAAGACAUUGAAAUCUGGGCUUUUGAGUAAAUGCAGUGUCUCGGUCUUAGCAGGACGUCGGCCCAAACCUGAACGGACAAAGCAUGGUUUGGAAUGUUCAAGAAGCAAUACAAUUAACAUGUUGUUCGUGAUUUCAAGUCAGUCGCUUUGCUAUAAUUUUGGAGUUUAUUUUUCAAAUCAUGUUUCUGUCCCAGAGUUCUUUUGUUUACACCAUGGCCUGGGUCCCUGUAGUGCAACAGCUGGGUGGAGUUUUGAUGGGCAUAUUACAGCAUCUUGAUCAUAGAGGCCACCACAUUUUCAGUUCAUGUUAUUCCAGUCUCCUAAUUGGAUGGUGCUCCGUUGUUCAACUUUUUUUUUUUUAAUCUGUAUUAUUUCUUUUUGUAGAGCAGUGUACUUGGGCUAUUGAGGAAAUGGGAUUGAGAUACUUUUGUAUCUGGUGGAGUUGACAAAGGUGACAUUUGAACCUGCUUAUCAUUUUCUUCUGAGAAACUAUAUGCCAAAAGAAUAUCUGCUCCAUAGACCUCCUCUUUCUAAUUCACUGCAGCAUUCUCUUUAUUCAUGUUGUGAGCUGUCUCCGUUUCAUCUUAGACAGUGAAAUUUGAAGAGAAGUCUGACAUACACUACAGCGCACAUGAUAUGCGGGUUUGGGCACAUGUUUUCAUCACUGAAUUAUCAGAUAAAGAGUUACAAACUGACAGAGCGUGCGAAUCUGACCAUUCUAUUGGAUGUAAUAUAUUAAGCAAGUAAUACUAUUUACAUAUUUGUAGCUUAAUAGGGCAUUGUCAUAAGUACAAAAACUAAAACCUGCAUAUUUCAACAUGUGUCAGAUAUACUGUUUUACAGUUCUGUUGUUUUAGCCUUGUUGCACACCAACUCCCCAAAUACAUUUUCCUUUUUUUUUCUGCUCAAAAGGAAAAAAAAUUGUUUUGAAAUAAAAACUUGUUUUUUUAUAAGUGGUAUAUGUUAUUAGUUACCAUUAGCGUCUGCUCUUGUGAAAGGGCAGAGACUGUAGUAGACAAUACUGUAACUCAGUAGACUUGGUGAAUGUGCGAGCUUCUGUCAAGUGGCCUCAAAAACAACAAAACCCCGAAAAGGUAGAAUAAACUAGCAGCUGUAUCUUCUCUUGUAGGAAACCAACAAUAAGCCAUUGUGGCAACACUCUUUGUCGGUUCAAUUUCAGAGCUUCAUGUUGUGCAGAGACUAAAUCCUGCUGUUAUACAUGUGACAGAGACUCUGUGCUGACAGUUUGGCUGUCCCCCACAAACGCUGUAUAUCUUGUAAAUUGAUGUUCAAAGACAGUUUUGUUCUUACAGAAAGUGUUGACUGCCAGGUUGCUUAUAGCACUUUAAAUUAUUCAGAAAAAUGGAAUUACCAGCCACGUGUGUUGGCUUAAGUAGUUUUAGUUAUAUAACUUAAAAAUACCUAGUUCUUUUGGGAAAAGCCUAGAUACUUCCCUAAAGAAAGCAUAAUGCUAAUCAAAAUCUGGUGUUCUAUGACAUGUUGUUUCUGAAGAUGAACAGAAACACGGGACAUCAUGUCCUUGUCUGUGUAUAGCUCUCAUUACAAGCUAGGUAAUAGACUCUAGGUUAAAUGUUUAUAAUUUAGGGAAUUGUAAAUAAAUGUAUCCUUUCUCCUUCGGUCUUCCACAACAGUGUUAUUGUCUUUGUGGAGGUGACUAAUCAUAAAUCUUUAAAACAUCCUGUAAUGGAUUUCAACUACAACAAGGUCAUAGAGAUGUAUACCAAAUAAAAUUAAAUGCAUAAAUGCAAA